AUGGCGCCUUACAGGGUCGUUCUAAUCCUGCCAGAAGGCGAUAGGCUAGACCUUGAGCUACAGCUUGAUGGCGAACAUCCUGCAGGCAUACUUGCACGAGCUGCUCUAGAGCGCAUUCCACAAGAUCGCACACUACCAUCAACCGUCAAUCUACGAGACUUGAGACUUACAGUCGGGUCUUCAGAUGGUCUUAUGAUCGAUCCUGCAGACACCUUGGACGACGUCCUCCCUCCUUCGGAAGUCCUGUUCAUUGACGCGACUAAAUUGUCCUCAGUACACUCCCUCUUCGAUUCAAACAAUGAAUCAUUAAGAAUCAGGAUCCUAACACCCAAUACGGCACCAAAUUACCACGAUGAUUUCCCGGGUGCCUUUCUGAAGGAGGGCCAUCAAUACAAAUUGUCAACCACGCUCGAAGAGAUUGAAUCCGACGUCCGUCAACACAUUGGUAUGCCUGAUCGACCAUCUAAGGGGGAGAACGACAAUGACUCUAAAGAAGACAACCCCUUUGGAAGCCUAUCUGUCACCCGACUCGAUCUACACACCUUUGAAGGACCCAUCAAUACACAAAAUUCGAGCCUCACAUUGAAAUCCUCCAAAUUGGAUAAACUUGCCAGCCAAGGAAUCCUGACAUUGUUCGCUGUCGAGCGGAGAUGCACAGACGAGUGCGAGAGAACGGAGGGUCAUGAUUCAAUGUUCAGCGCUGGUCCGCACUGGGAGCUACCGCCGGGAGGGUCAACUGAACGCGCAAUGGCAACGACCUUGGCAUCUCUGCGCCUCUUCACUCAUAUCAUCGCGUCUGAUGACUUUGACGACUUUGACCACCACGAAGUCCUUCGCACCGUUCAUAACAUGACACGCUUCGCUCCUGCAGUCCGUGCAGUUCACAUUUUGAUGGACGGCAAGACACUUCGAUGCAACGAAAGCGCAGCUCUCGUCCAGAGUCUUGCGGCCGUUGCAGAAAAUGUUAUGCCUUUUCAUCCGGAAUUGCCUAACGAAGGCCGAAUCUUGGAAUGUGCUAGAUUGCUCCUUGGCCUAGUCCUCACAAUCGCCGGACAUCAGGCGGAGAUUCGGGAAGACUUCGAAGAUUCAACCGGGAUACAAACAACAUUGCCAUACCUCACCGCUUAUCGCACUGUCGAUCUGCGUGAUGCCAAAACACAGGAGCCAUUGACAGACCCUGUUUCGACCAAUCUCGGCAUUGUCAACCGAUCUAUCUUCGACGUACUUUCAUCCUCAGGCGAUCAUGUCGAAAGCCCAGCGUGCUAUCUGCUAGACGGCAGCGUGGAAGACGAUGAACGCAUACGAUUUGCUCUGCUGUAUGGCGGAGUGAGCCUCGAGGCUUCAUAUUAUCAAGCAGAAGAUCUCCUAUUAGCAUUGCGUGAUGACGAUGAACGAACCAUUGGUACCCCACCUCACCUCCAUCCACACCACCUCACAGGGGAUAAUGGCAUCCUUACACUCGAGUGCGAACGCAUUGGGUUCGUCGUGGUACACCCUGAUCAGCUCUCCUUGGCCGAACUUCCAUGCCUCACGCUUGACGGCCAUGGGAGGAUGGCCGUUUGCACUAGAAGAACUGCCACUGUGCCCCUGAGCCAACGCAAUGUCAUUUUCCAUCCAUUGACAGGGAUUGAAGAAAAUGUUGAUAUUCACAAUGUGGUUCAGUCACUUGAACCAAUUCUUCUAGGAAUGAGACGUGAGAGCACUUGGAUGUUUGAUUGUCCCACCGACGCUUUCACACGCAGAGACACGACUCCUGCAGAACUACUUAUGUUUUGUGUCGACUGCAGUUACAGCAUGAACAAUCCGCCCAGGUUCACAGCCACCGACGAUGGCACCGCUACUGAACGUUCUGAUGGUGAUAAGAUCCACCUCCUUUCCCAUCGUGAAGACUACACGACAGUCGACCUGGAUUACAUGAAGGAAUUCCUGUGCAAACAUGAGGCUUACGAUGACAUUCUUCAUAUCAUUCACCACUCUCCUGAGCAUCAGUCAAGAACAGUCGCACGAGAAAUCAUUGAUUUCAUACGGACACACACUGAUCGCCAUCUCACAUCCUUCUCCGAGUCACUUAGAAAGACCAGCGACAGUGCUUCGACCACAGAUCCUGCGUCCGUCUCAUUAAUACAAGUUAAGAUGAAUAUCCUCCACAAGACGUUUGAAGGAUUGAACAUUCAUCAAGAUGCUUUGAUUGAUUCCUUACUUUUCUCUGCGAAAGAUCCCAGCUUUGAACCAUCAGACUUUCGCUGGUCAAUCGGUGAGGGAGUCCCGCGCAAUUCCAAUGGAAAAAGCCAGAAUGACAUGGACAUGGAUGAUAUCUUUACCGUACCAGAGGACUUUCGGUGUCCAAUAAGUUCUGCGGUAUUCGCAGAACCUGUGAGAACAACUGACGGUUUCGUCUAUGACCGAAAAGCCAUCGAAAGAUGGUUCACUAUCAGAGGCUCGGCACCUAUGACAGGGCUUCCUCUUGACGACCGGACCCUGACCCCCGAUGAAGAUCUGCAGAAGCAAAUCAGAGACUGGCUCAAGUCCGAAGAUAUCGGUCGAGGCCCUCAGAAUUCGCCAGAAAUUUCACAAAUCGACCCUUGCAACACAAAAAACAUUGUUGAUUUCAUUGGGCCAAAUGUUCAAUUCACGCGAGAGAUUCCUCACACAGCGCGCUUAUUGGACGUCUAUGAAUUUGCAUUCCGCGGUAUGAGAGCCGUCCAUUCUAACUUCUCCCUCUUCAUCAAUGGCACCUGUCUUCCAUGCAGCGAGGAAAACGCAAAGAGUUUCAUUUCUGGCCGACCAAUUGUCACAAUCGGACCUUGUCACGUCCCAGGAACAGCAGCUUUUCGUGACGACGGCGACGAGAUGUGUCUCAUAAAGCUGCACCAUGGGGAUAAUCCAACUCGCGAAGCAUUCAGUUACUGGACUCCUCUGCAUUCUCAACUCACUUUUGUAUCAGUGCUGUUCCGAGCCUGGCGUUACCAGGUGCAGUUCAAACAGCCUUUCAAACCAAACGUCGACCGAGCCGUUUGGACCGAGAUCCAAGACGUCGGCGAUGACUUCCUACAGGGCACUCGACACUCUUCCUGGGAGCCCUUGUCUCCGUUGUUGUUAAACCUCCCAGUGCCUCACAUUCAGACAGAUGAGGACUCCAACAACAACAACAAUGACGUUUCGACUGACGACCUGCCCCUUCCUGAAGGGUACAAGCCUGACCGUGUCAUCGGUCUCUACCUUUUCGACAACGACGACUCGCGAGCGCAAGAGCGGUCGUCCUCCUCGUCCUCUUCGUCAUCGUCUUCCCUCGCGCUGGCCAAACAGGUCUUCGGAUCUUUCGUCGACCGCCUGGUCGCAAACGAUUACCCGACGCACGUCGGGCUCGUCACGUUCGGCAGUAAUGCCAGAAUAGACGAGCGCCUUGGGGCGUUCGUUGACGAGUUCCGCGGCGCCGCGGACAACCUGGCGGCCCGUGGCGACACGGCGCUGUGGGACGCCCUCGCCCUCGCCGCCGACCACCUGGUCGAGGAAGGCCGCCGUUUCCAAGGCGGCAGCGGCGACCGCAUCAAGAUGAGGGUCGUCGUGUUGUCCGACGGCAGGGACACCAGUUCCCGCCUGCGCCUCGAGGACGUGGUCCUCAGACUAGGAAGGUUUGGGGUCGUUUUAGACUGUGUUUGCCUCGGCCCAGGGGCCAACAACCUGGAGCUGAGGGCCCUCUCGUACUUGACGGGGGGGCAGAAGUGCGUGCCUGCCUCGGCCGAAGAGGCCCUCGCUAUAUGCGAGGAGACAAGUUUGCUCUCUCUCAACGAGAGAGCACCCCUGGCAAGGCCGCCCGUCCUGGAUCCCAGGACGCCGAGCCUAAUGGCGACAAUGGCGGCCUUGGCCAGGGGUGAGUAA